CGCAAUUCCCACUCAAUACCACUCAGGUGACAGCAACAUGCAGAACCACGAUGAACAGGCGGCUUGUGGUGGAGAGGCGGAAGCCGUUGAUGAGCCAGAGGGCGAGGCCACUGUCGACGAAACUGUUAGAAUGACGCCGCCUCAGGCGGAGCCAGAGCAAGACACGGGGGAAACUGGUCACGCAUAAGCGAAAUGGGAUGUAUGGAGCCCCAUACAUCAAAUUGCUCUGUUUAUGUGGACAGGCGGGGGUCACAAUUCCAAGAGAGAGGUGGUCCGGGAAGAGGAUGGAAAGGGCGGCGGUGCGCCGCCCAUGCGUGAGCAAGAGGAAUCGGGAGCUGUCGAGGACGGUGCGGUCGGGCCAACCGGCCCUGCGGCAGACACGAUGGAAGGAGAUGCGGAGGCUGGACAUGCAGAGAGCAGUAAGGCAGGCCAGACAGCACAUCUGUUUUGCAUAUAUCCAUUAGCACAUGCCCGCAUCACUGCAGAUGAGAAUCAAGGGGUUGAGCCGUUGACACAACGCCAGGGGGAGGCCGCCACCAUUGACACAGAAGAAACAGCUCCGGAGGACGAAAACAAGGACGACCCCCAACAAGCAGCUGCAACCCUACUGCAAUCACACUGGAGGGGACACCAAUCAAGGAGACACACGGCAGAGAGGAGACUCAGGAGAGUGUAUCGGGAGCAGCCAGGGGCAGAUGAGGGGCACACCGAGCACGAGGGAGAGAACACUCAUCCUUUCGAGACUCAUCAGCCUGACCUUGCCGUCACUGCAGCUGAGCAAACUGAGCAUACCACCAUGCUAUCUGCUGCCGCGGACAACAUCUCUAUCGAUCCCGACAGAGCGGUCACGAGGCUGCAGGCACAGUGGCGGGGACACCAAGCGAGAAAAGCUGCGAGACGUGGACGUGAGGAGGCUUCGGUACAAGUCACGGUCGACCAGGAAGCCAAAGAGGAAAGAGCGGCUGGUCCGUCUGUUGCUGUGGAACCCCCGAAGGAGAGCGGCAUGGGUGAGGAUGCUGGCGGCAUCAGAGGAGAGAAAGGUCAAGAAGCUGCAGAUAUCCCUCCAGCCGCGAUAAAGGCGAUCGAUGCGGAACAGGAGACACAGAAGCACCAACAACCUGCCCUCGACGAGAAGGCAGACGUGGCAGAUAUGGACGAUGUGGAAGAUGUGAUUGUGGAAGGGCCAAUGCCGGUCUCUGAGGCCGAUGCAGAACUGGCAAAGGAAGCCGCCACAGCCAGGAAGCACUUGGCCGCCACACGGCUGCAGGCGCAUUGGAGAGGCUACAACACACGCAGAUCUAUGUCUACGGCAAACAAACCGAGACAGCAUCAGCAGAGGGAGGAAGAGGACUUGGCCUGUGCCGCAACCAAGGUGCAGGCGCACUGGCGAGGGCACAAGACAAGGAAAAGUGCCUUGGUGGACCAUGGCAUCAAGCUAUCGAAGAAAUCGGUUCAAAGAGUCCUGUCACGGGACCGAUCGACCUCCUUCUCACAGCUGCUGCCAGUCUCCCCGACACGGAGCCCUCGCACAAGGUCUGCGAGAGUAAUUGACGCUAUCACAAGAGACAGGCAGGAGUGGAUGUGUCACGUCUCUUGGUGUGUGCGUUUCUCAUGCAGCUCACGUGUUGCCCAAGCCAAGGCGACCAAGCGCACCCGUGACGAGAGCAAAGAAGCCAGCCUCAAGGCGAUACAACCCCCCACAUCCCCUCCGCCUCCCCCUGCCCCCUCCAGGAAGCCUCCAUCGACUACCCUUCGCACCAGGAGGCUGCGGAUCAGCACCGAAGAUAAGAGACCCCCGCCGCAGGUGGAUGAAGAGACACAUGAGGGAGACAGGAAGACGAAAGAGCAAGACGAGAAGGCGUCGCCGCGUGCCCGGUUAAGGGCUACCACAGGCCGUGUACAGCGACAGAGAGAAAGCAAGGAAUGCUCGUCAGCAUGCGACACGUUCGUUCGUGUCUCCCCUGUGUGUGUGCAGUUUCGCAUGAAGGGCCCGUAUGCUGGACUGGAUCGCAUCACCGCCAUCUACGGCCCGCCCCCCUACCGCACCUUCAGGACCCCCUACGCCACAGCAGGACACUGGCCGGCAGCCGACGCCAUACACAGGACAGAACAGAGGAGACAACAGGACGUGGCCGAGAGCCCCAAGGGCUGCAGCCCCUGCAGGAAGGGCCCUGGCCGUGCGGUGACGCGGAGUCCUCGUGGCAGCAUUGUGCCUCUGCCACCUCUCAAGAUCGCCACCUCACCAUACGCACAGACUCCCAGAGAUGGCGUAAGCUCAUCCAUGGAAGAUAUAUACCGAACACAAUAACCAAACCUUCCUCUUUGCUCGCGAUGUUGCUUGCAGGAUUUUGCCAAAAGUUGUCCUGGCACUGGACGAUUCAACGCCCUGCCCCCACUGGUAUGUUAGCCGCACAGAGACAUGCGUACGGGAAGGAGACAGCUGCAUACUACACGUAACCUGUCUGUCCUUGAUUCAGCUUGAUUUCGGCACGACUCCCCGUGCAGUGCCGUCCCGUCAGGCGGACAACCACAGUGGGAGGCGGGGCAGCGGCGCCACAGUGGCCAUGAUGCAGAUAGUCAAUGCCACACCGAGACACGAUGGGAGUGGGUUCGUUUUCGACAACAGGUUUGACAAAAAGGGCGGCAAACCACUGUCCCCUACCAAAUGUAAGCGGAGCAUCAGAAGGAGCCAACACACACACCUGUGGACGACUUGUGGUGUGCCUGUGGGUGUGGUGUGUGCAGUGGUGUUUUUCUCGUGAUGAUUGGUGACAAUUUCUGCUUGACG